AUGGCCCGCGUGGCUGCAGCCCUGGCCUGGGCGCUGGCGCUCCUCUCAGCGUUUCCCACCGCCCACGCGCGGAAAGGCCUCUGGGACGACUCCGGGCAGAGCAGCGGGGACAAGGGCAGGGUGGAGCAGACCCAGCAGCUGAAGCUGGCCCGGGAGUCCGCGAGCCUGAAAGGCAGCCUUGAGCAAGACCUCCACAACAUGGACAAGCUCCUGGAGAAGCUGGGCCCUCUGAGUGGGCAGGGGAGCGCCCCUCCCGGGCUCCCUCCCGACCCCGAGGGCCUGCGGCGGCAGCUGCAGGAGGAGCUGAAGGAGGUGAGCGCGCGCCUGGAGCCCUACAUGGCGGAGGCGCACGAGCGCCUGGGCUGGAACCUGGAGGGGCUGCGGCGGCGCUUGGAGCCCUACACCAGAGCCCUGAUGGAGCAGGUGGCCCUGCGCGUGGAGGAGCUGCAGGAGCAGCUGCGCGUGGUCGGCGAGGGUACGCAGGCCCAGCUGCUGGGCGGCGUGGCCGAGGCGAGGGACCUGCUGCAGGAGCUGCAGAGCAGCCUGGUGCACCACACCGGCCGCGUCAAGCAGCUGUUCCACCCGUACGCCGAGCGCCUGCUGAGCGGCAUCGGGCAGCACGUGCAGGAGCUGCACCGCAGCGUGGCCCCGCACGCCGUGGCCAGCCCCCCGCGCCUCAGCCGCUGCGUGCAGCUGCUCUCGCACAAGCUCACGCUCAAGGCCAAGGCCCUGCACGCGGGCAUCCAACAGAACCUGGACCAGCUGCACGAAGAGCUCAGCGCCUUUGCCGGCGCGGGCGGCGCGGAGGAAGGGCCCCACCCGGACCCCCAGGCGCUGUCCCAGGAGGUGCGCCAGCGCCUGCAGGCUUUCCGCCACGACACUUUCCUGCAGAUCGCCGCCUUCACCCGCGCCAUUGACCAGGAGACGGAGGAGGUCCAGCAGCAGCUGGCGCCGCCCCCGCCCAGCCACAGCGCCUUCGCCCCCGAGUUCCUCCCGGAGGACGGCGGCAAGGCCCGGAGCAGGCUGCAGGCCCGUCUGGACGACCUGUGGGAAGACAUAAACUACAGCCUUCGUGACCAUGAUCCGGGCCAUGGAGGGGAGCCCUGA